CAGAGAUAGGCCUCAAUGCCAGCCAAGGACCGCCGGGCGUGGGAAGCAGUGGGGAGGGCUGGCAGGGAGAGUGGGGGUGAAUGGGGUGGGGAGGGCAGGAAGGAGAGGUGCCCCCGCCGGGAGUGGGCUAAGAGCAGGACCCAGGAACGGAGGGCAGCAGGAAGUUCAGGCUGGGCCAGCCAAAUGCAGCCUCUGGCCAUGCUUCUUCUGCAGCUCCUGCUGCCCCUUCUGCUGCUGCUGGGCAGGGAGGGUAGGCAUGCGUGCCAGGGCCCAGCACCGGACAGGGAGCUGGUGCUGGCCAAGGUCAGAACCCUGGUGCUGGAUGCUCUGGGCCCCCCCACCGGCUCCAAGGAGGGGGGGGAUCCUGCGGCCCGGCGCCUGCCCCGCAGACAUGCCCACCCGGGAGGCCCCCACGGCAGAAGCAGGGAAAGCGAAGAGGACCUCUCACAGGUCAUCCUUUUCCCAACCACAGGUCCCAGCUGUGAGGACGGAGCCGCAGCUGGAGAGGCUGAGGGCCUGUUCACCUACAGCUUCCGGCCCUCCCUGCACACGCGCAGCCGCCAGGUGACAGCGGCCCAGCUGUGGUUCCACACGGGCCUCCCCAGGGCAGGUGCAGAAGGACACAACGCCUCGGGCCCCGCCUUGACGCUGCUGGCCAUGUCUUCGGGGGGCCCUACAGCGGUGCCCGCAUUGCUGGGCCCAGCCCCGCCUCGCUGGGCCGUGCUGCACCUGGCAGCCCCUGCCCUCCCGCUGCUGACCCGUCCCCUCCUGGUGCUGCUGCUUCGGUGCCCCCGCUGCCCCUGCCUGGCCCGGCUGGAUGCCACCCCCUUCCUGGUGGCCCACACCAGGGCCCAUGUGGCCGGUGCGGGGGAGAGGGCCCGUCGCUCUCCUCUGCCACCCCCCUGGCCCUGGACCCCGGCCGCCCUGCGCUUGCUGCAGCGCCCCUCCGAAGACGCAGCUGCCCACGCGGACUGCCACCGGGCUGCCCUCAACAUCUCCUUCCGGGAGCUGGGCUGGGACCAGUGGAUUGUUCACCCUCCCAGCUUCCUCUUCCAUUACUGCCACGGGGGCUGUGGGCUGGUGCCCUCCCCUGUCCUGCCUCCUGGGGCUGCCCUCACCCAUCUUCAGCCCCCGCCCCCGGGCCCAGGGUCCCGACCCUGCUGUGCUGCUCUGCCAAGCACCAUGAGACCCCUGCGGGUCCGCACCACCUCGGACGGAGGCUAUUCUUUCAAAUAUGAGACAGUGCCCAACCUCCUCACUCAGCACUGCGCCUGUAUAUAGGGAGGACCAUCCCCUCCUGCCGGCAAAACCAAAGCCAGAUAACCAGAGAGGAACCCCGGGCAAAGGAGGGAGUCCCAGCCCCUAACCCUCCUCUCCUCUGCUGGGUCCUUCCUGUCCAAGGUCACCCUCAUUGAUUGUAAACAGAUUAAUAAACAUUCAGCAUAACUAACCGGAGACAAUGGCCCGGAGAGUGACCCUCCCCCUCCCCAGAGGUAUGUGGGGGAGAACUGGAGCAUAAAAUUCCAGGGAUGACAUUUGGAAAUCUGACUUGUGAAUCCCCAAAUCAAGAAGCACUCAUUCAUUAUGGUGGCAGAGAGCAGAACAGAAAGAGCUUUGCUCAUAGGUCUGCCAGAAAGAUGCACCAGUGGGCCUCCUAGGGUCACCUAGGUGACAGAUAGCAUCAGCAUCCUCCCUAGGCUGUCUUUUUGCCCCAUGCAGUCCCCAAAUCUCAGGACUGUGGGGUCUCUGUGGCAGAGACCUUCCUGUUCAUAUAUUCUUGGGACCUUCUGAGUACCUUCCCAUUCAGGCCCUGCCUUAGAACAGGUAUUUUUGAGAAUUUUAGCUGACCCCACUUAGCCACCAAGAGAAGAUACCCACAGAUAGAAUUAGUUGGUGACAGAAGGCUGUGGAUUCCCCCCAAGCUUGUCCCACAUUGUUCCUGCCUGCUUUCUGCUCCAGCUCCUUCCCUAGCUAAAUAGUGACUUCUUGGGGGUCAGGAAAGAUGCCCUGUGUUCCCCAAAGCUUUUUGGCCCUGGGGAGUGAGAGUUUGGGAGACUCCUCCCAAACCCCCCAAAGCCUUUCCUCAUCCCACUGACCCCCAACAAAGAGGCCCUUCUGUCUCUCUGCCUUUGCCUUGAUGUAUGGACCUUGGCUCUGGGGAUGUGAGAGAGACCCAGAAGUUCAUGGGCACCUCCUCUCAAAGCCCCCAAAGCCUUUCUUUACCCCACUGACCCCCCCCAAUAAAGGAGGUUCUUCUGCCUCUCUGCCUUUGCCUUGA